AUGAUUCCUUCGCUAUGCCGCUUGCGCUGCCCCCAGUGGCGGCUACAAGCCCGCAUCCUCUCUAUGCGGACCUUUUCAGACGUCAAGCGCCCUUCGUCUGCUCCAAAGCCCAUUAUUGACAUCAAACAUAUUCGGCAGAAUCCGGAGCUCUAUGAGAAGACCUGCCUGGAGCGCAACUACAAGCGCCAGGCCUCUUACCCUGCGAGAAUCGGCCAAUUGCAUGCUGAGUGGCAGCAGCUUCAGAAGGAUGGCCGCGCUCUGAGGGAGAGGUCGAAUUUGCUGAGAAAGGUGCUGGCGAAUUCGGCGACGAGCAGCGAUGAUGAGGACCUCAAGGAUGUGAAGAACAUGAGCCGCGAGAAGGUCCAGGAGGAAGCGAGAGCACUAAAGAGCGAACUGGUGGUGAUUGAGAAGAAGGAGGCUGAUGCGGUUGCGCAGAUGGAGGCGCUGGCGCUGGAGAUUCCUAACCUCACCAGCGCGGAUACGCCGAGGGGAGAUGAUUUUGAAGUUUUGAGCUUUAUCAACGAACCCCCGAGCUUUGAUCAGGGACCGGAGAGGAUCUGGAGAUCGCAUGUUCACAUUGGCGCUGAGUUGGGCAUUCUCGAUUUUGCUGGUGCUGCCACGGCGUCUGGUUGGGGGUGGUACUAUCUGCUCGGCGAAGCAGCACAGCUGGAGCAAGCCUUGAUUCAAUAUGCCCUCGCAGUGGUCACUAAGCAUGGAUGGACGCAAGUAUCACCCCCUACUAUGGUGUACAGUCAUAUUGGCGCUGCCUGUGGCUUCCAACCUCGCGACCAGAACGGCGAGCAACAAGUCUAUGCCAUCGCCCAGUCCCGAGCAGACGCUGAGCGGGGCGUCCCUGAGAUGAGCCUGGCAGGAACCUCUGAAAUUCCUCUCGCUGGCAUGAAGGCCAUGUCUACUAUCGACGCUAUCGAUCUACCUCUGAAGAGAGUCGCCGUAUCAAGAUGCUACCGUGCUGAAGCUGGAGCCCGCGGCGCCGAGACAAAAGGCCUCUAUCGCGUCCACGAGUUUUCUAAAGUCGAAAUGUUUGCGUGGACGAGCCCCGACGAGUUUGAAGCCCGGGAAGUCUUUGACGAGAUGCUGGACAUUCAGACAGAGAUCCUCCUCUCCCUAGGACUGUACUGUCGCGUCCUGUCCAUGCCGUCGACGGAUCUCGGUGCGUCUGCGACACGUAAAAUCGACAUGGAAGCUUGGUUCCCCAGCCGAGAGCACCACAGUGGAGGAUGGGGCGAAGUCACGUCCGCAAGCCUCUGUACGGACUAUCAGACGAGGCGUCUAGCGACACGACUUAAGACGAGUAGCGGCAAGCUUGUCUUCCCGUGGACGGCCAACGGCACGGCGCUGGCAGUGCCAAGGGUGCUGGCUGCGAUUUUGGAGAACGGGUGGGACGAGGAGGAGGGAACGGUGACUAUUCCAGAGUGUUUGUGGCCGUGGAUGGGACGGGACAAGAUUGGGCCUUCGGCGAGGAGGAGGAAGGACGGGAAUGUGGGAGAGAUGAUGGCGUGA